CUUUCCGCCGGUCGGUCCAGCCCCGCAGGAGGAGUGAGAGGCGACAGACAGACAGACGAGCCGCUGAUAACAUUUGGACCUUCUCUAACUUCUGGAGCGCUUCUCUCAGCGUUUGGACCGUUUUUUGCUCCCACCAUGACACUUUUAACGGAGGGACAAACGUUUAUCGGCUGAGGAGCUGAACUGAGGCAAGGCGGAAGUGGUUGUUGUUUGGGGGGGGGAUAACGGACAAAAUAAACCCCACAAGAAGUGACUUUUUCUCUGUCAAGUUCAAGUCACCUUAUUUCAUCUUUCUGGAGGGAUUUCGGUGUGUGUGGGGGGCAUGGACACCCACGUUAAGGAGGGACAGCUUUAUGUGCAGCAUCAAAAGUUUGGGAAGAAAUGGAAGAAGAACUGGUUCGUCCUCUACCCUGCCAGCCAAAACGGCAUCGCCCGCCUCGAGUUCUUCGACUCGCCCUCGGGUGGAGGAGGCGGGGUCGGCGGAGGCUCAGGUGGCGGGUCCAAUGAGAAAACCAAGAAGCUGGACAAGAAGAUCAUCCGCCUGUCGGAAUGCAUUUCCAUCCUGCCGGCUUUGACGGAAAGCUGUCCCAAAGACAACAUGGCGGCGUUUUGCGUGGAAACAAACGACAAGACGCACGUGUUUGCUGCAGAAAAGAAUGCCGCUAAGGACUGGAUGGACACCAUGUGUGACAUUGCAUUUCAGGGGGGAAGCGGAAGCAGCAGCUGUGGAGCUACAGACUCUAAUGGAGGACCACAGGACCUGCAGAUGUCUGAAAAUCUCAUCUACUACUCCAGAGAGGAGGUAAAUGAGUUCUGGGUGAGCAUUCAACGUACCGAAGCGUCCGAACGUUGCGGGCUGGCGGGAAACUACUGGCUGAAAGCUGUAAACGACGUUUUGAUCCUUAAGGAGCCAAAGACCAAGAGGAAUGUUCUGGUGUGGCCGUACAAGCUGCUGAGGAGAUAUGGGAGAGACCGGGUGAUGUUUUCCUUCGAGGCGGGCCGCCGGUGUGACUCAGGCCCUGGAAACUUCACCUUCGAGACCAAGCAAGGCAACGAGAUCUUCAUGUUGGUGGACCAGGCCAUCCAGUCGCAGAAGGCCCUGGCAGAGGAGCGUCACCUCAGCUGUCCCAUGAACUUUGAUCCGGACUGCCCGACGUCGCUGCAGCACAUACGCAACGCCGGCUCCGGUGGAGACAGCAGCAGCUGCAGCAGUCGGGAGGCUGACGGAGAUUCGGGUGGUAGCAAACCAGGCUCGGCUGACGGUGUGCUCGGGAAGAGAGAGGGAGGAGAUGGAGGAGGAGGAGGAGCACGGGGGCAAGGAAGUGGAGGAGGACAUAAAGGGAGGAGUUUACCAGACCCGCCAACAAUGCUGGGGGUUUUGGGAGGAGGAGGGACGCCUCCACCUUCCAGAGGCCAUGCAGGGAAAGGUGUGUCGUCAGCUGAUGAACAUGCAGCUCUUUAUUCUGAGCCGGCAGAUUCAGUCCGUCUGCCUCUGCACAGCGCUGACUGCCUCUAUUCUGACCCAGUGGACAGCAUCAAGGGUCAGAAUCCAACCGGCAACCCAACCUCCCCACCACUGCCCACUCCACGCCUCCGACCAGUAGGAGACGACGCCUCAGGAGGGGGCAUCCAAGGAGAUCAUCACCACCAGGCAGGGAGCAACCACAGGAAGCCGCCUGACCUGUACUCACACGUGUACGACCGGAUCGGCCUGGAGCUGAACCAGAAAACAAGUGCGCUGAAUCUGAACGGAGCUACGGCGGGAGGAAGAGGAGGAGGAAGAGGGGUCAGCAGUAACAGGCGACCCCCAGGAGGUCAAGCAGAAGGGGCUUCAUCGCUUCCAGCUUCUCUGGAGCACAUAUACGAUGAACCAGAGGGCUGCGCAAAAGGAAGCAUCAGCCUGCCUGCGAGCUCUGUGAAGAGUAUUUACGACGAGGCCCGAGUGGAGCCUCACAGCCAGAGGAGACACGAAGAGGUGGCGGCUCCAUCAGGACCGGAGGGGAACUACAGCACCCCUACUCAGGGGAAGCCGUCAGAGCCCCAUAGACACUCUCCUCCACAGCUGGGCCCGAGCCGCGGCACGCCACAGCCUCCAGCACCCCGGUGGCCUAAACCCACCACCGCUCCCAAGCCGGGGAAGGGCCUUUUUGCCCGGAAGGAGCCGGUGCCGCUGCCCCCCGGGAAACACGGAGGUCCCGGCAGUAAUGUGAACAACAACAACAACAACAUCUGGGGAGGCGGUGGAGAAGGGAAGGAGCUGUACAGCAAAGUGUCGAAACAGAAGCCUCUUCCUGCUAAUGUGUGGUACAGCCAGCACCACCAGGCCCGGCUGAGAUCGCCUGAUAUCAUCUAUGACAACCUGGGAGAUAUCUGACUUUGUUCUUUUUCUACGACGCUGAGAAGCAAACCUUUUUUUCCUGCCUGUGUUCUUCCAGUUUUUUGAGAGGACUAAGCACAUUUCUCAUUUCACAUUUCUUCCAUCCGUGGACUGGAAUAAUUAUUUGAGACAGUCGAUUCAUUCGGAGCGGAUUAGCUCACAACUAUGAGAAAACCGCAUUACGGCUGCAUUUUGAUACAUGGAGCGCAACUGUCAAAGGGCCACCCUGUGUGUGUGUGUGUUUGAGAAAGAGAGAGUGAGUGUUUGCAUGGUCAAACCCAUAAUUGGCGUACCAAGCCACAGUGUGGUCGGAGCCAGCCACUUCACUUGAACACACACACAAACUGUAUGGCUUUGCCAGAAGGACUCGGCCUACGGGCUUCACUUUAACAAGCUGAGAGAGCGGCUUGGCUCUGCAAAGUCUGCUGUGCUUAUGAAGUGACUGGGAAACAUGUUUUUGCACUGCUGCUUUUCUGUUUCUCUGAAAUGUGAGACGACGUGACGGCCAGGAGUCAUUAUUCGACAGGUUUGGAGUGACUUUGAGGCUUCACCAAACGGAGCUGAUACUUUUAUGUUUGUGUUUUCUGGACUGAGUUUUUGGUUUAAAUCUUACUGAUACUAAGAGAUUUACUUUUUCAGCCCAGGACACUAAUGUAAGACGUGGUUGCAUCUUAGGAGCCGACAUUUGAAGAGAAAAAUCAUCAUUGUUGGCGCUGAUGGUGCAUGACAAGUGAGACUUUAAGAUCCUGCUUUGGUCUUGAAACAGUCAAGGGGUCAUCAUAAGUUUCUGUGUGGCCGUUAAAUCACAAGGGCGACUUCCUGCACAAGAUAUUUUUUUUAGUCCUGUUAUGUUUUUAUGUAUAGAAAACUUAAUAUGAAACUAAUCAAUCCCCUGCAAUGUGUCGGUAUGUAUGUAUGUGUCACAAACAGCUGUGCUGUCUGUAAAUAUAACUAAUAAUAAAAGUGGCUCUUUAAACUUUAAAAAUUUCUCCAAAGUAAUCUUUAAAUAAGAGAACUCCCUUAACCCUCCUGUUGUCUUCAUUCACAGGCACCAAAAAAUAUUGCUUCCCUGUUUGAAAAAAAAAAAAUCAGCACAAAAUUUGCAAAACCUUCAGGAAAAAAUUCAAAUAAUUCCUUAAAAGCUUCCCUGAAAAAAUGUAUUCAGAAAAAUCUCCCAAAUUUGGCAAGAAAAUUCUUGAUUACAUAUAUAUUAGUAAAACUUCUAAUAUUUUUUUGUGAAUGUUCUUAAGAAACAUCUUCAACAUUUCUUUUUUCCACCAGAAAAUGUUUGAAAAAUUCCCAGAAAUGUUGAAAAUGUCGUCAUCAGAAGUUUCACUGUGAAAAUAUAUAUAUUUUGUCACAUUUUCAAACUUUAAAACGGGUCAACAGGAGGGUUAAUUGCUACAUUAGCAUGUCCCGUCAGUGUGUUUGUCCCGCCAGGAGCCAAUCAGACGCCGUCCUUCGUGUUUAAAAGACUUUUCUGUUCUGGACCAAACAGGACAGUAAAACAGUCUGACCUCAUCCUAAACUUCUCUCCCUCAGCCACGCUCUGUUUUUGUUGUUUCAGUCGGUCUCCAACCACUUAAUCACACUGUUAAAGCUGAGCCGCAAGAAACGAAACAAAGAUGUUCUUUCUUGCUUUCUUUUCUUCCUUCCUUCCUUUUCACCAUCUCUGCAUUAAUUCUGUUGUUCGGUUGCUCCGGCGACCGCUAAUGGCGGCUGGUUUGUGUCGGACACGCCGUGCAUUUUAACUGAGAGAGAUACCGUAAGAGGAAGGCCGGAAUACAACAUGGAAACAGGAGAAAGACAGAAGGAAAAAAACAGCUUAAUCGACAUUUUGAAGAAUGCAGGAGAGAGAAGGGAAGACGUCGGUGUUUGUGCAGAGCGGAGGAUGACGAAAAAGUGAGAAGAAAAGAGAUGCUGACAUGAUGAAUGCUGGCAGGAUGAACCUGUCGGUGUCUGGUUGGCUUGCAAACAGGUACAGACUGUUCCUUUCACUGCCGCCGCUGCUCUUUAUCCCCUUCAGCCCUCUUUUUUUUUUUCAGUCUUUAUUUCCUCACCUGCUGCUCAAGUACUUUCUGGGCAGGAAUAGUAACUGGAUUACAUUUUUAAAGCAAAUUUCCUAACUCUCCUAACAACUCUCCUUCUCUCAGACAGACAGAGCGAGGGAAGAAAAACAGAAAGCAAAAGACCAGCGGCAAGGCUCUGUCUUUCUCAUUAAACUCUGGGUGAACUUAAGAGGGGAAAAACGGGGAAAAGGGCACAGACGCAUGGCAAACGGAACACUGUACUGCUUCAUGAUGUCAACAUUUUCUUUUAUGUUGGUCAACACUUCCUCACUGGAAUAUCCAAAACAAGUUGUUUACUCAUUUACAGCGUGUAAUUGCGUCUAAAGAGGACUUUGCUUUCUACUGAAACGCAAGUGGCAGUGACCUCAAUUCCCGCUCCUGUUUCAAUGACUGCUUUAUCUCAACUCCUUUAACCAGGUGCUUUGCAUUUUAUGCACGCGAACUGGAAUUUUCUUUCCUGAUAUGUGACUGUGAUACUCAGGCAGUGGGAUUAGAGAGUCUAAGUGCAUUUUAAGCUUCGUUUUUGCUCAUCAUCUCACCAGUAUGACAAAAAUAAAAAGGAAUGUCUGUUGUUUCA